AUGGUUAAUCUACAUUUAGAGAUUCGUGAUUUGUUCUUAGUUGAAGAAAGAGUCAAGACUUUCAAAAAUUGGCCAUUCAGUGAUAAUAACACUUGUAAUGUCCGCAAUAUGGCAGAAGCUGGAUUUUAUUCCAUAGCAACCGGUAUUGACGACGCCGAUACUGCGAAAUGUUUUCUUUGUGGUAAAGAAUUGGAUGGGUGGGAGGCUAGUGAUGACCCUUGGGCGGAACAUAAAAGCCAUGCCGCCAAAUGUGCAUUCGUACAGUUAGGCAAAAAAGAAGACGAACUUCUAUUGUCGGAAUUCCUCUCAAUAUUAAAACAGUACAUGUCAAAUGAGACAAAACGCUUAGCUGAAGUAACCAAGGAGUUGACCGAUGAAAAGGCGAAAGCAGUGCGCAGAAGAUGUCUGGGACGGAAAUAA